AUGAUAUAUCAAGAAUGUGCACAAUUAGAAGCUGGUGUUACUUUUUUUAUUCCUGGUGUAGGUGAACAAAAUACUAAAUUUUUUAUUAUUGCAUCAUGUACAGAUAAACCAGCUCAAUCGUUAUUAACUAAUAUGGUCUCCCACAAUGCUAAUUAUAGCUGUGCAAAAUGCUUUACUGAAGGUGAAAAUUUCACUAUCUAUUCGAAAAAGGUACGAAAAAGUACCAUCAAAGUAUUCCCGUAUAGAAAUGAUGAAGUCAGGAAUAAUUCCAUAUGCAAUAAUCUGGCGAUCGAAGCCGAACAGCAUGGCUCUCCUGUUAAAGGACAUGCUGCUCCGUGCCCUUUAACAAAAUUAAAAUAUUAUUCUUUGGGUGAAUCAAUACUCUUUGAUUCAUUGCAUACAUUAUAUUUAGGUGUAUUUAAAAAAUUUUGUUCGUUGAUUUUUUCUAAAUCCAAAACUGAUCGUCAACAAAAAUGGUCGCUUUAUAAUAAAAUAAAUAGUAUUGAUCAAGGGUUAUCUUCUGUUAAGAUUCCAACUACUACAAGUCGAAGAUUUCGAACAAUAAAACAUAUUGCACGUUUCAAGGCGAACGAAUUCAGAUCCUUAAUGCAUCACGGUUCAACAGUAUUGUUACAAGCAAUGUUACCAAAAUAUCGUCGACAUUUUGCAUUGUUAUUAGCUGCUGUUAACAUUGCUUCUAAAGAUAUUAUUGACAAUUAUGAUAUAAUAUUAGCCAAAGAAUUAUUACAUCAAUAUGUAAAAGACUGGCAAAAGAUAUUUGGUCUUCGUCAUAUGUCAUCCAAUAUACAUUCACUUUUACAUAUUCAUGAAUCAAUACAAUUUGUAGGUCCUUUAUAUAUGUAUAGUGCUUUUAAUUUUGAAGGUUAG